AAGGGUUUACCUGAAGACAAACCACCCUGUUCAUCAGAGACUGGACCAGAGUUCCUCCCUGUGGGCAAUUAAAGAUGCUGUUGUCAUGGAAACAGCUGGUCCUGCUGUCAUUCAUUGGCUGCCUAGGAGGUGAGCUGCUCUUACACGGCCCCGUGUUCGUCAGCGAGCCCAGCGACAGCAUGGUCCCCGUCGGUGCUGAGGACAAGAGAGUCACUUUCAACUGCGAAGCAAGAGGCAACCCUUCCCCUCAGUACAGAUGGCAGCUGAACGGAAGCGAUAUUAACCUGGCCGUGGAGUCUCGUUACGAGCUGAACGGAGGAGACCUGGUGGUCAUUAACCCCCACAGGGAUCGAGACUCAGGGAGUUAUCAGUGCUUCGCUACGAAUCCGCUCGGAACCAUCGUCAGCAGAGAAGCAAAGCUGCAGUUUGCCUAUCUUGAAAACUUUAAAACCAGAAUGCGAAGCGCGGUGUCGGUGCGCGAAGGCCAGGGCGUGGUCCUGCUGUGCGGCCCCCCGCCUCACGCUGGAGAACUAUCCUAUGCGUGGAUCUUCAAUGAAUACCCUUCCUUUGUUGAGGAGGAUGGCCGGAGGUUCAUCUCUCAGGAGACAGGCCACCUCUACGUAGCCAAGGUGGAGCCGUCCGACGUCGGGAACUACACGUGCGUGGUGACCAGCGUGGUGACCGCCGCCAGGGUGCUGGGCUCCCCGACGCCGCUGAUGCUGCGCGCCGACGGUGUGAUGGGCGAAUAUGAACCGAAAAUAGAAGUUCAGUUUCCAGAAACUCUUCCGGCCGCGAAAGGGUCCACCGUGAGGCUGGAAUGCUUCGCCCUCGGGAACCCCGUGCCCCGGAUCACGUGGAGGAGGAGUGACGGGCGGCCUUUCCCCAGUAAAAUCAACUUGCGGAAGUUCGGAGGUGUGCUCGAGAUCCCCGGCUUCGAACAGGAGGACGCGGGCUCCUACGAGUGCCUCGCAGAGAAUUCCCGGGGGAGAAACGUGGCCCGGGGGCGUCUCACUUACUAUGGUACCAAGCCUCACUGGGUCCAGCUCAUCGGCGACGUGAGCCGCGUGGAGGAGAGCCUGCGCUGGGAUUGCCGGCCGCGGAAGCCAAGCCCUCCUACCGUGCUGAGGACGGGAGCCCUGGCGCUGGAGGAGCGGAUUCAGCUGGAGAACGGCGCCCUGAGCAUCGUCAACCUGAGCGUGGCGGACGCGGGCAUGUUCCAGUGCGUGGCGGAGAACAAGCAUGGCCUCGCCUACUCCAGCGCCGAGCUUCCGGCCUCUGCUCCGGACUUCUCCGCGACUCCCAUGAAGAAGCUGGUGCGGGCGCAGGUGGGCAGCGUGGUGGGCCUGGACUGCCGGCCCCGAGCCGCCCCCCGGGCCGUGUGCUCCUGGAAAAGAGGCGAGGUGACCGUGCGGGAGGAUGGAAGAUCUCGGAAGCCCUAUAUCCCACGAGCAGCCCGACACCCCCUCACUGAAAAUGCAAAGAAAAGCACGAGCUCAUCGGGCGAUCUAAUGAUCAGGAACAUCCAGCUGAAGCACGGGGGGAAGUACGUCUGCGUGGUGCAGAGUGCGGUGGACAGUGUCUCCUCGGCCGCUGACCUUGUAGUGAGAGGUUCCCCCGGGCCACCAGGAAACGUGCAGGUGGAAGAGAUUACAGACACAACAGCCCAGGUGUCCUGGACAGAAGGCCCCGACAACCACAGCCCCAUCACCUCCUAUUCCGUCCAGGCGAGGACCCCUUUCUCCUUGGGCUGGCAGGCCGCCAGGACAGUGCCUGAGGUCAUUGAUGGGAAUACACACACUGCCACUGUAGUCGAGUUAAACCCGUGGGUGGAGUACGAAUUUCGGGUUGUAGCCAGCAACAGGAUCGGAGGUGGAGAACCCAGUUUGCCCUCAGAAAAAGUAAGAACUGAAGAGGCAGUCCCUGAAGUGCCUCCUUCUGAGGUCAGUGGGGGAGGCGGAAGCCGGUCCGAACUGGUGAUAACUUGGGAGCCGGUCCCCGAGGAGCUGCAGAAUGGCGAGGGCUUUGGGUACGUCGUCGCCUUCCGCCCCCUGGGAGUCACCACCUGGAUCCAGACCGUGGUCACGUCCCCCGACGCCCCACGAUACGUGUUCAGGAACGAGAGCAUCGUGCCCUUCGCGCCGUACCAAGUGAAAGUGGGCGUUUACAACAACAAGGGCGAAGGGCCGUUCAGCCCCGUGGCCACCGUGUUCUCGGCAGAGGAAGAACCUACAGCGGCUCCAGCUCACGUCUGGGCCCACAGCCUGUCCUCCUCGGAAAUUGAGGUGUCCUGGAGCGCCAUCCCGUGGAAGCUGAGCAGUGGCCAUCUCCUCGGCUACGAGGUGUGGUACUGGACCAGUGGAGAGGAGGGCUCGCCACGCAGAGUGAAGGUGGUGGCAGGGGAGACCGCGGCCCGGCUCCACGGGCUGAAGAGCCACCUGGUCUACCACGCAGCCGUCCGGGCUUACAACAGCGCGGGUGCCGGGCCCUUCAGCGCCACGGUGAAUGCCACCACCAAGAAGACGCCGCCCAGCCAGCCGCCGGGAAACGUGGUCUGGAACGCCACGGACGCCAAGGUGUUCCUGAGCUGGGAGCAGGUCAGAGCCAUGGAGAACGAGUCAGAAGUGACGGGGUACAAGGUGUUCUACAGGACUAGCGGCCAGGGCGGCCUGCAGGUGCUGAGCACAAACCGAACGUCGGCUGAGCUGCGGCUGCCCGUCCAGGAGGGUUACGUCGUCCACGUCCGGGCCACGACGGCCGGAGGGGACGGGGCCAGCAGCGCGCCUGUCAGGAUCCCGAGGAGAACCAGUUCGGACGCCAGGGGCUCCCCGUCGGCCAUCGCCAACGUCCACCCCGUGUCACGCUACCUGCCGGCAGUCCUGUGCGUGGCUCAUGCCCUGUGGUGA